AUGGGAGACUAUGCAGUGGCAGUGCAAAAACUGGCUGUAGAUAUCAUGGGGGCCAUAACAGAGAGCCUGGGACUAUGUCCAACAUACUUGACCACAAAACUUGAUGAUGGAAUGCAAUUUUUAAGUAAUGGAAGGUACAAAAGUGUUGUACAUGGGGAGACUCUUAAUAAUGAAAAGACAAGAAUAUCAAUUGCUAGUUUACAUAGUUUGGGGAUGGAUGUGAAAAUGGAGACUGCAAAAGAGCUUGUGGAUGAAGAGCACCCAAAGGGAUAUAAAGAAAGUAGUUUCAAUGACUUCUUGGAUUUCAUUUCCAAGAAUAAUCUUGAAGAAGAAAAGAGUUUUCUCAAGACACUCAAGAUUCAGCAGUAG